AAAAGUUGCUGCGAAUUCCAAGGUCUGAUAAUCAACACAGCUGGAACUCGACCAUUGAAUUCUCUUCUUGGGUUGUGGAUCGGUCAAAGAGAGGACUAAGGGGAAAUGCCUGCGGAAGCUGCUAAUCCAUCCGGCCUUUCGGCCAAACUUGACAAGAAGCGCAAGAGGCAAGCUGAGGAAUCCUCGAAAAAGGCCAAAGCUGGUGUUGCGCCCAGCGGCAAUGCAGAUGGACCUAGUAACAAGAAAAGAAAGAAUGGCAAACCUAAGCCCAACAAGAAGGGUGGAAAAGACAAGACAGAGGACGCUCCGCAGAAAGAGCAGAGGGACACCAAGCAAACUGAGACCAAAGGUGGGAUUGAUGAAGCCAUCGGAAAGAUGGACGGCCGCCUGUUGGCGGAUCAUUUCAUGCAGAAGGCCAAGCGCCACAACAAGGAGCUGACAGCUGUUGAACUGAGUGAUCUGAGCGUUCCAGAAUCUUCAUUUCUGGACACAUCAUCUUUCGACUCGCCCAGACAGCUUGAGAAUCUUCCGGCUUUCUUGAAAGCUUUCAGCCCUAAAGGCUCUGAUCUCUCGAAACCAUCAGUAGAGAAAGGCACGCCGCACACCCUGGUGGUCUCUCCCUCCGGGCUUCGAGCGGCCGACGCAGUGAGAGCUCUCCGUACGUUCCAAACUAAGGAAUCCCCUAUUGGCAAGCUUUUUGCAAAGCAUAUCAAGCUGGAAGAAGCCAAGCAAUUUCUAGACCGAUCGCGCAUUGCCAUCGGAGGCGGGACCCCUGCUCGUAUCUCCGACUUAAUUACUGCUGGUUCCCUCAAGCUUGACGAACUACAGCGGAUUGUGAUUGAUGGAUCUUACGUUGAUCAGAAGCAGCGUGGUAUCUUUGAUAUGAAGGAAACUCAUCUUCCACUUCUGCAAUUGCUGACGCGACCUGAGUUUCGCGAACGAUAUGGAACGAAGGAAAAGCGAAUCCAGAUCCUCGUUUUUUAAGUACUUACAUUGAUGUAUAAUGUGGUUGGCGUUAACCAAGGCUUGGUGUUAAUAAUUUGCUUUCUGGACUUAUUCUGGGUAGUGAUACCGUACAUGCAAAUAUCGGUCUACGUCCAUAC